UGGCAGCGACSCAUUUCCCACUUAAACUUCGCAGGUUCUGAAAUGUGGCAAAUAAUUGGUCUCUUGUUGAUGGUACAUUAUGGWAUGGCAUGCGAYCGUUMUYYGGGUCCGUCAGGAGUUGUACAGUGCAUUCUGCUACCAAGAUACAACWAUCAGUACCAAUGGGCAACAUGCCUGACUGAUACAUACAUCAAGCAAAAAAGCUCCCAACAGCACCACUGCAGUGAUUGGUCUGCAACUUAUUGCUGGUACCAGUGUAUGCUUGAAGUCAAUGACAAAAACAACGGCCCCGURACAAACGACUGUUCCUGUAGUCCCAGCCAAACUACCRUCUAUCCGCCAAUAUCCCCUACAACUYCUCUGCCAGCAGAAUGCUACAGUCCGUCCGGGAAAUCGUGUGACUGGUACCGCAAUUGUUUGGAAAGAAAGUACCCUUGCGAGCCCACCACCAAUGCCUAUGCAAUAGCAUAUGCCGAGAAGUUUUGUCGACUUUACGAUGAACACCAAAGCUGGUUUACUGAAAAGGGACAAAAUUGGAUAGAUGGUGUUCGUAAGUGUCUUCAGGUAUCUUUAGUACCCUUACUGCGUCCAUGGACUAAGCCAACGUGCCAACAAAUAAGAGACCGGGCUUUUGCAUCCCAUACACCAUGUUACUUGAAUCCUGACAAAGACGCGCCAUCCAUCUGUGAUCUUGAAUGUGGAGAAUACUUUAAGAUCUUCUUCGUCAUCAAAGGAGCGUUCUUAGAUUACGAUACUGCAUGGGAAUCCAUGAAAGGGAUGUGGAACAUUGGAAGGGAGUGUGGUUUAAAGUGUUUCAAAACUUGGCUACAAGAAAAGGGUAAAGAAAUUGUGAAGAUUACCAGAGUAACCAUCCAAAAAUUUCAGCGACGACAACGACGUUCUUCUGAUCCCCUCCCCGAAGCAGAUGCAAGAAGCAGGUUCGCCUACCGACUUGGUUCAGCCAUUGCUAGCUCAAUGUCAUGGAACAAGGAUAUAAUGGACUGGCUUUCCUACCCUAGUAACACCACAGCUGGCAACAAUCCCAGCAGUUUCGACAUCUUCAUAGUACUUGCUGACAAAAAGGGCCUUGGGAUCGUUAACAACACUAAAGUGCCAGUAGACCUGAACGAUACUGUCCAAGCUCUCGCUGUGGCUAUUAAACAGGGCAAGCUGCCAUUACAAGUUGACGGUUCCAAUGUAUGGCUCAAGUCUAUCGCUUCGUGCUAUGAUAGGUCUUGUGAGCAAGCCCUAACGCUGGCAGUUUCAGACAAGCCCCCUCACUGGAAUAAUGGUGCAGCAAAGGUGUCAAAGAGUAUCCUGAAGGUGCUUGGCCUCGCGGUUAUUUCAUUUGUACUCAUGAACAAUCGCUAAGUACAAACAUGAUACUACCAUGUUAUCUGCUUUUAAAAGCUAUUUUGAUGAUUAAAAAAAGUCAAAUAAGCUAGCACUAUAUAUGUAAAUCUUGCAGUCAUUUUGUUUAGUUUACUGAUUAACCUAAAAAAAAUAUGUAGAGGUCGUAUAUAGGUUGACCCCACUGCUUAGGCUAAUGUCUUUGUAUUAGUGUUGCCUUGGAAGAAAGACUUGUCUAAUGCCAAAGUCUAGCUCUUGAGUAGUUAACUAGAUCGCAUCACUAAGAAGCUGGAGUGAUAAAUUUUAUUGAAAGCAAAUGGAUUCUAAAAAAGUCUCGUAUAUAUUCAACGUAAAGGAACAAUAGUAUGCAGCUCAGUCAUACGCUGAAAGCAAAUGUAAAACUAGUGGCAUCGUGAUUGUGUUUUGUGCAUGGCUUAACAUUCACUGGUUUUGACACUAUCAAUAAAGUUAAGACACAAAGCUUCA